AUGCCUAGCCUCCUGCUUCCUGAGUGUACUCGCUACGUCGAGCCACCGACAACGAAGGAAUAUCUCGACUAUGUGGACCUUGCUGUUAUCGACCUUGAGAGAGCCAGUACACUAGAUGGCCGUGCAGAAGCGAUCAAGCAGCUUCAGGGCGCCCUCCAAACCCAAGGCUUUGUGUAUGUCAUUAACCAUGGGUACACCAAGGCACAGAGGGAUAGAAUGUUUGACAUAGCCGAUGUCGCGUUUUCUGCCGUUCCCAUUGAGGAAAAGCAAACUUAUGCAGCGAACAUUGAGAAAGUAGGGUAUUAUCAGGGAUAUAAGCCUCGUCAGUACUGGAAAGUUGGUACCGACAACGACGUCCGAGACCAGAUUGAUGCAUACGCGAUCAACAAAAACGUGUAUAGGCGUCCCCAGCCGCAGGCUCUGAGGCCAUUCUUGCCUGAGAUUGAGGACUUCGCCAAGCACAACCACCUUAAUAUUGUUCACCCUUUGCUAAGGCUUAUAGCACUCAGUCUCGAUUUACCUGAGGAUGUCUUGGUGGACAAACAUACAUUCGAGGGUACCAGUGAAAGCUGCUGUACCUAUCGGAGGAGUCCCGAAGAAGAGGAGAAGUCAAAGAAUGUUUGGCUCAAGGGCCACACAGAUAUUGGAACGCUCUCCCUUCUCUGGAGCCAGCCUGUGAGUGCCCUCCAAAUCUUAUCGCCUGAGGGCAAGUGGAAGUGGGUCCGUCACCUCGACAAUGCUGUUAUCGUCAACACCGGAGACAUGCUCAGGUUUCUGACCGGCGGCUUCAUAAAGCCCACCAUUCACCGCGUCACUCAACCUCCUGCGGAUCAGCAGGGAUAUGACCGUCUCGGGUUAUUCUACUUCUGCAUGCCGGACGAUGAUGUCGUACUCGAACCUGUGUCUGGAAGUCCUGUGCUCGACAAGAUAGGGAUAGAGGCACCGUUCCCUGACGGCAGAACGUUUACUGCGCAGCAGUGGCGUCUCGCCCGGAUGACUACUUACGGAAGAACUGAACUCAAAAAGGGAGAAGGAAACGUCGAGACGGAAAUGGUUCAGGGUGCUGUAGUGAGGCAUUACAAUUGA